UUUUGAUCCCCACUGAACAUCAAAGAGACCAGGAGAGAGAUGACCUGAAUCUGGCUGCUGUCAGUGUUAGACAGUGUCAGUGGUAGAUAGACCACAGGAGGGGAGAAGGGUGGCAUAAUAUCAUGAGAGAAGAAUGUGUGUGAGAGAGGGGUGGAGGCAGGGAGGGAGAAUGGCAAGCGACAAGGAGAAGGAGAGCGUGUUAAGAGGGAGGUUGAAUAUUGGGGGACGAGGGAACAUGAGAGCGUAUGUGAGUGAGAGGGAGUGGGAUAGAAAGACAGAAUAGAGAGUAACAGGAAUAGCUAGAGUAAGUAAGUGGAACAUAAAGAGAAAGCGAGGAGAGUGAGGGAGUGAGAUCAACCUACCAGCUGUAGAGAGAGCGAGCAGGACUGUUUGAAUGAGCCACAGUGGCGAGGGAGAGUGUGUGUGUGUGUGCGAGGGAGAAAUAGAGCUAUUGAGGGGGUAGGGUAGGUGAAAGGGUGUGUGUCUGAGAGAGAGAGAGGUUGUCAGACCCCCCUCGAAGUAGAGGCUGCUGCUCAGUGCAGUUGCUCUGGGUCCCAUUGAUACCCAUUUGUAGAGUGGGAAGAGCUGAAAAUGUAAUUUUGAAAGGAGAAAAAAACAUGUUUUCUUUUUUUUCUCUUUCCUUAUUUUUCCUUCUGGAUCUUUACUCAUCUCCAAUCUGGUCCUCCUUGCUCUCUUUGUGGUUGUAUGAAGGAGGUCACUGCGGAUACAAAGUAACGGAGCGCAGUCCAAACAACACUGUAAAAGCAUGUUUCUGGGGGUGAAAACGAUGUCGCACGGGACAACCAUGUCACGUUGCAACCAUAGCAAUGUCACCCGGCCCUCUCUGCAGUGACCCUGCACCGCAAAGGAUGCUGGGAAAUAACAAACACUAUUACCCUGGGGAGGACGACAAGGAUGGGGAGGAUGAGGAAGAGGAAGAGGAGCAGGGACAAGAUAACAAAAAGGGGGAUGGUGGAGAGAAGGAGAACGGAGGGGUGGAAGGGCUCGAGGAGAUUGAGAUGAAGGGAGGCAGACAAUCACGCGAAGGUAAAGGGGAGGGAGGUAAACCCUCAGCCAUUGUGGUUGGAAGGCAGAGAGGGGACCGGACACUGAGGCCAGACAAUCCAGGAAAUAGAGGCAUCCCUUAUACGUCCAAUCAGGCCCCUCAUAAGCAGCAGCACCAGCAGCAGUAUCACCCGGCCCCAUCCACCCAGACCCAGAAAAGACGUGCUCACAUGGAGCGCAGUAUGACCACAGUGGCGCCCAUAGAGGACACUCGACUAACCAUGAUGGUGUUUCGCAUUGGAAUCCCUGACAUCAAACAGACAAGGUGUCUGCAGUUUGACCCUGACUUCACAGUUUGGAGCGCCAAGCAGGAGGUCAUCAGUUCGCUGAGCGAGCCACUGUGGGACGUCUAUAACUAUGGCCUCUUUCAGCCCGCCGGAGACGGAUGCGAUGCCAUGUUCCUGGAGGAGGAGCGCUGCCUCCGAAACUACCCACAGUCCUUUGAGAAAGGGGUGCCUUACUUGGAGUUUAGGUACAAGACCAGGGUAUACAAACAGACAAACCUGGAUGAAAAACUACUUACAAAAUUGCACACCAAGGUGAGUCUGAAAAAGUUCAUGGACUACAUUGCAAGUGGAUCAAUAGAUAAGAUGUCAAAAGUCCUGGAAAAAGGUCUCGACCCAAACUACCAUGACCCUGACAACGGGGAAUCCCCACUGUCUGUGGCGGUGCAGUCUGGCAUGACAGUGGAGGGGAUCAGGGUGCUCGUUCAGGGUGGGGCCCAUGUGGACUUUAGAACCAGAGAUGGACUGACAGCCGUACACAAGGCUGUCAGGGCACACAAUCACGUUGCACUGCUGGCUCUUCUGUCCCUGGGAGCAUCUCCUAACUACAAAGACCGAUGUAGCCUGACCCCACUGUACCACUCAGUGCUGACAGGCGGUGACACCUCCUGCUGCGAGACCCUACUCUACUACAGGGCCAAACUGGGAGUGAGGGAUGAGAAUGGCUGGGAGGAGUCUCACCAGCUCAGGGAUGAAGAGGAAUUUGGAAUGCAAGAAAUACACAAGGCCUGCCAGAAUGGUUUUGCCCAGCACUUGGAGCACCUUCUGUUCUAUGGGGCAGAUACCACUUCUCAGAAUGCCUCAGGGAACACCGCACUUCAUAUUUGUGCCCUGUAUAAUAAGGAAAGCUGUGUCCGUGUUCUGCUCUACAGAGGGGCCAAUAAGGAAAUGAAGAACAAGCAUGGGCAAACCCCCUUUCAGGUAGCAGUAAUGUCGGGCCAUUUUGAACUUGGGGAAAUCCUCAAAAACCACAGAGAUGCAGAUGUGGUGCCCUUUCUGGAAUCCCCAAAGUAUGCUCCCAAAAGAGGAGAGAGUGCACGCACGCUCCCUCUCCUCAUGGCUCACCCCUACCCCCUCCUGCGUGCUAACAGUGAUAACAGCAUGACCCUGCCUGACCCCAUGGCCCUAUCCAACAAGGCUGCUGGAGCCAAUCCCACCCCUGGACAGGCUCGCAGGGCCUCUGUGGGUGUGAGGAGCUCCAGCAGUCCCAGGGCCCGUACCCGCUCCCCGUCGCGAGGAGGAGGGCAGAGCGACACAGAGGAGAGGCAUCAAAGCAAACCACAGCGCGGCAGACAGGGUGCAACCUCAGCGGGUAGUGGCGGGUGGUCGGCUGGGGGUCAGAUGAGGCAUAUGUAUAGUGCGGUCCCAGGGCGAGUGUACAUGGCCACGAGGGCCUACACUGCCCACGGAGAGAAAGAACUCAGCAUCAACAAAGGAGACAAAGUCAAAGUGUUGAGUGUUGGAGAGGGGGGGUUCUGGGAGGGCACAGUGAAAGGUCGUACAGGCUGGUUCCCCUCAGAUUGUGUGGAGGAGGUGGGUCCUCCCAGUAAGGACAAUCGAUCAGAGACGCGCAGUGAGAAAGCCAAGAGGAAGCUGUUUCGUAAUGUCACCAUGGGAGCAUAUGAUGGCGUGGAUGGCCCCAGUGACUACAUCAUUAAGGAGAAGACAGUGCUCCUGCAGAAGAAAGACAAUGAGGGCUUUGGCUUUGUGCUUCGGGGAGCCAAAGCCCAGACUCCUAUAGAGGAGUUCACGCCGACCCCAGCAUUCCCCGCGCUGCAGUACCUGGAGUCUGUGGAUGAGGGCGGUGUGGCCUGGAGGGCUGGCCUAAGGAUGGGGGACUUCCUUAUUGAGGUCAAUGGUCACAAUGUCGUGAAGGUGGGCCACAGGCAGGUGGUCAACAUGAUCAGACAAGGUGGCAACACUCUGAUGGUCAAGGUUGUCAUGGUGGCCCGCAACCCGGAGACAGAGGAGACCAACCCUAAGAAGAAAGUCCCCCAGCAGGCUAAGAGGCUGACUCCUCCAGCCAUUGCCCUGCGCUCCAAAUCAAUGACAUUAGAGCUGGAAGACAUGGUGGAGAAAGCUGCCUCUCCGUGGAAAAAGAAAGCAGAGUACGAGUCCUCCCAGGUGCCUGAUAAGAAGAGGACAGUCUAUCAAAUGGCACUAAAUAAACUGGAUGAGAUCCUGGCAGCAGCUCAGCACACGAUUGCGUCAGACGGACAGGGGCAGCGGGGUCACGGGGGGAAGAGAGAACGAACCAAGAGCAUCGCCCCCAAUGAGCCAAGUCAUGACCAGUUGGUCGGUGUAAUGCCGUCUGGGUUUGGCUACAACCAGGGUCAGUAUCCCCCCGGCCAUCCGCAUGGAGUAAUGCUACGACAGAAAUCUAUUGGUGUGACGGAGGAGGAGAGGCAGUCCCUCCACACCCCGGCUAUGAAACUGUCCCGUAGCCUGUCGGAGGACAUCCCCCCUCCCCCCAGCACAUCCGCCCCAGAACCUCCCUUGUCUGCUGGACCCCACACUGCUCGGAGGGGGGAGCAGUCUGCCCCCCAGCCACUGUCCUCCCAGAACCAGGCCCACUACCAGGCCCUCUCCACCCAGCAACAAGCAGCGCACGAUGCCCAGGCAGGUUGGGACAAUCAACAGCACGGCAUGACCACCACCCUCCAGAGAGGAGGGGGACAAUACACAGGGGAUCCCACGGAGGGGACAAGGAGAGGAGGGGGCAAAAUGGGGGCAUUGAGGAGGGACUACAGUAGUGCUACUCCACCUACAAGCGCAGCUCCCAAAACUCAACAGCAACCCCAGCAGCAACAGCAGCCCCAGCAACAGCAAGAGGCGGCCCGGGAGAGGAUCGGAGGGGCAAGCAGGGGCGGGGGAGUCAGGAAGGGCGGGAGGGGCCCUCUAGUAAAGCAGCCCACAGUGGAAGGAGGGCUCGGCAGGCACCACAGAGGGGGGCAAGGCCAGGGGGGUAAAAGCUCAGGGGCCAAAGAGAAGAGCUCCAUCCCCAUCCCCACCAUCAUCGUCAAGGCUCCAUCCACCAGCAGUGGCAGUGGCCGCAGCAGCCAGGGCAGCAGCAUGGACGCUGAGCAACCGCCUCCCGACAUAGACGACCCUACCUCCCCCCCUGCCUCUCCCGACACCCACACCACCCCCGGCCCGCCUUCCACCGUGGCCCCCUCACCACCCCAGCCCCCUGUCUCCUCCCCCAUGACCCCUUCGACUGUCGCCCCCCAGCUGCCCCCUAACCUGGAGAACCUGGACUUCACCACCCAGUUUGGGGGGGCCUUUGUCGGGGCAGCGCGCCGGGACCGGGAACGUUUCCGUGACAUGAGGAGGAAAAGUGCUUCCUUCUUCCUCUCCUCCGAAGAGGAUGUCCAAGGGGAGGCGGGGGGAGGUGGAGGGGUAUGGACCCAGCCCCUACAGGGGAUGGGGAUUGAUGUCCCCACCCCCCGCCUCCGCCCCUCCAAGUCAAUUGACGAGGGCAUGUUCUCUAGGGACAAUUACGUCCACUACGCCAGCAGUAUGCCCCCUGCCUUUGGGCUGCCUGAGUACCACUCCCCUGUGAUGGGCCAGGAUGGCCAGCCCAAGUCCGCUCCCUCCAACUACGGCCCAGGCUCUCCAGCCACCACCUUCAUCCACCCUCUGACUGGGAAAGUCCUGGACCCCUCGUCACCCCUGGGCCUGGCGCUGGCUGCACGAGAGAGGGCCCUCAAGGACGACCGGAGGACCCGACGGGAGGAGCGGCACUUUGGCCGGCAGAUGUCCAGCGUGGGGGUGUUCCCUACAUCUCUCCCGUCUCCCACGCCAUCCCUGUUCUCCACAUCCACCACCACCACCUCACACGCCUCACUGAACCGCCCACAGUCACCCAGGAUAUUACGCUUGGGAGGGGGAGGAGAGAGAGUGGAGAGGGACCAGGCGGCUGGAGCCAGAGAGGGCCUCAGAGUUCGCUUUUCAGAGGACAAAACCAAUCAGUACCAGACCCAAUAUUACCAACAGAGUCCUAGAGACAGGGAGCCACCUGGCCCGCCCAUGCAGCCGCCCGGCCCGCCGCCUCAGCCUGCACCCUGCAGACCCUCGUUCCUGCAGAUGGAGAACAGUGCAAAUGCUAGCUACAUCCCCCAGUACACCCUCACCGCAGCCCCAGCACACCCACAUGAAGGUGGGGGAGAGGGAGGAGUUGGAGGGGGACUGGGGCUCAUGGUUCUUCCCCCGCCUGCACCCUCGAUAGAUUUGGACGAUGAGUUUGUCUUUGUUGACCCCCUGCCCCCUCCCUUGCAGUUCGCCAAUGGCCAAGGCCAGCGAGAAAUGCAGAGGGGAUACCCUCAACAGCAUCAGCACUCAGCUCAACACGUCUCUUCUGCCAUGCCACCCCCACCGCCCCCCCUAUCCUCUCCUAAAGUACCUCCACCAGGAGGCUUCCCCUCCAACGCCCCCCUCCCCUCCCCCCAGGCCGGGGACUCUGCCGCCUCCAGCCUCACAUCCUACGACAGCGAGGUGGCCAACCUCACCCAAUCAGGUCUAUCUCCCUCCCUCCCCUCGCCCCAGAUAUUCCCCCCUUCCUCCACCACUACAGCCGCCUCCAUUUUACCCGCACCCACACCCUCCCUCCACAGACCCAAGCCCAUGUCGCAUACACACCCCUUCUUCAGUGACCCCACCGUACCAGUUAACCCCGCUAAUAUGGGUGCCCCUGCUCCCCAAAUGACCUUAGCACGGUACCGCGGCCCGGCCACCCUCACUACGACUAUGACCUACGCCACAACAACGACCAUGACCGCCACCGCCACUGCUACCACAGCCUCUGUGGUGUCGUCAGACUACAACGCGUCUCUGAAAGCCCCCAGAACCGCCAUCAACACUGCAGGCAAGGCAGGAGACCACCACCCCUCCAUGAUGAAGACUGGAGACUGGCAGACAGAGACGGUGGUGGACUCUGGGAUCGAGGAGCUGGACAGCCACAGCAGCGGUGACCAGCACCUGGAAAUACUGGGAGUGAGUGAACUGACGGGUGAGAGAAGAGGAGGAGGAGGAGUGGAAGGGGAUGGAUGGGCUGGCGAGCACCCAGAUCCUUAUAUGACCUAUUCAGGUGGGCAAGCGUUUGAAGCACACCACGCCAAACACACGACCAAACCCACCGUGUAUCCAAAGACGAUGCAGUACAAAGAGGGCGGUAUCAAGGACACAAGGGAAGCGUUGCGUCGACAGGUGAGCACCAACCCGCCCUACCAGAGCACCCCACCACACCCCCAGAGACAGGCUAACCCAGAGGAGGAGGCCAGGAGAGGAGAGGGAGGAGCAGCGGAUGAGAGGAUACAACGUAGACAGAGUCGACCAAAGAUGGAGGACGGCUUCGGUUCCACCCUGGCUGCCUGUCUGGAGCGGCCCAACACCCUGGAGCCAAGGGGGUCAACCGAGGGGGUCGACCAGGGACAGGGCCUGGAGCGAGGCGAGGCCCAGAGGGACGGGAUGUCUAUUGAGGGGCGCCGGUUGCACUCGCCACUCUCGGGGGUGAAGGCCAGCAUCAUCAACGAGCUGAGCUCCAAGCUGCAGCAGAUGAGCAAUAAGAGCACAGACGACUGGGGUCAGUCUGAGAUGCGAGGUCAGAGUCCCAUUAGUCUGAGGUCACCCACAAUGCACAGAUAUUCUGGGGAUUUCUCCGCCUCGUUUCAGAGCCCCCCCACAGCCCGCUCCACUUCCCCCUUACCCACCUCUUCCCCGCAGCAUCGCCCGCCAAUCCUCACCCCCAAUCUCACCGCCACCCCCUCCGGCUCGCCCUCCCACCAGCCCACGCUGCAGCCCAACUGGACCCGCUCCCCCUCUCCCCAGAUACCCACCUCCCCCUCUCACUUCUCCCACCCUCCUCUCUCCCCCACCUACUCACCCUAUCCCACGUCACCCAAACAUCGCACUAAGUAUCGUGGAGCCAAGAUUUUUGACUUCCAGUGUACCCCUGGUCCAGAGCUGAGGUCGUCUGUGUCCCGCCGGCGCGCCCCCAGCCCCCUCAUAUACUCCACAGACCGCCCCAGCCCCGCCCCUCCCAGACCCUCCUCCCUCCCCAUCCUCCCCAGCACCCAUGUCUACAACACCCCCUUUGAUUUCCCCAAUCCCCUCACCCCUUCAUCCCCAGGCCACACCCUAGGAGACUCUUACAACCCCUCCACCCCGCCUCUCUUCCCCACAUCCCCACAACCUCCCAGUGCCCUCCUGGUCUCCCGCUCCCUUUCACCCACCCAGUUCCUCUCCAGCGCCUCCUCGCCCUCCAUGCACCUGCCCCCCUCUCCGUCCUGCCUCAGCUACCCCCACCACACCCCUCCUCCCCCAGCCAAACCCUUUACCAUCAAGCCCCUGUCCUACUGGACGAAGUGGGACGUGGCCGACUGGCUGGCCUACCUAAACCUGGGGGAGCACCGGGAGCGCUUUCUGGACAACGAGAUUGACGGCUCCCACCUGCCCUCCCUCACCAAGGACGACUUCCUGGACCUGGGGGUGACGCGCGUCGGCCACCGCAUGAACAUCGAAAGAGCGCUGAAGAGACUGACUGACAGGCUCUUCUCUCCCAUGCAUGAGCCUAGCCCCUCCCCUGUGCCACAGACUGAGAGAGUGAAAGAUGAGGUGACUCAGAGCUCAGAGAAAGACAGAGAAACAAACUGACUGAGAUGAAAGCUAAAGAAGACCAUUGGACACAAACAGACUGAGUUGGACCUCAGACAGGAAGCGAUCGUGAUGGACAAGGCUUAAUCACGCCAAGAGAGAUUUGGUAUGAGUGGAAUAGAAUUGUUUGGGAUCUUUCUUGAGAUGAACAUUGAUUGCACGUGUAGGUCAAAAGAGGGUAGAAACACUUACGACACACAGUCGUGUCUAAAACGACACAAUUUACACACGCUGUACAACUACUGAUGAAUAGGCUUUUAAUUAACACAUGGACACACACACAUUUGACUGGUGAUUCUCACACUCCAUUUGCUGCCUGAGUUACAGUAAAAGGAGAAAUGCGAACAAGAAUCUUGAGAUGGUAAUGCUGCUACCCACAAAGAGAGGGUAAGCCCAUGGAUAUACCAAAGGUGGUGGUGAAGUUCCUCUAAUAAACAGUAAGGGCCACAUUCAAACUUGUCCUGAGAUUCAUGCGUAAACUUUGACUUUACGCGUAUUACGUCAUGGGAUUGGAAGCGAUGGUUGGAAUGUAUAAAACUUCAGAAUAUGGUCAUAAAAUGGAAAGGUACAUUGAUUGGUUUUGUACCAAGUGCUGAUUGCAAUCGUUCAUUUCAAAUAGGUCGGGGUGCUAUUGAUAUUUAAUCAUUCAAAUGUGUGUUUUAAUGACAAAUAUUCUAAAAUAUGACAAAACAUAUAGUCAUAAAAUGACAGAAUUAUUAUCAUGGUUAUUAUCUUUACAAAUGCUGUCGGGAGUAUGUCGGAGAGGGGCAAAGGAGAGUCAAAUAUGGGUUUGUUUUUCCCUGAGACAUGGCUAUAAGGUGUCCACAGCCAUGUUUCAGAGUUUGCUAUGAACUCAUGUCCUUUUACACUACACUAGCUACUUGUCAUUCAUUCGUGAUGUUGAUGUUGAUGAGCGUAGCACCAUGUCCAGGAAUGCGAGUGUCUUUUAUCCCAUGUUCACUCACACACAAUCACACACAAUCACACAUAAUCACACACAAUCAAAAAGGGCUUAUACUGUGCGUCUGUCAGUCUUUCUGGUGUCUGGCUACCUUGGCCUUUAUCCUCUGAGUGUUUGUCUGUGUAUGAAGAUCUGUUUGUCAGCCUGCCUCGUUACCCAUGAUCCUUUUACCCACCCUCUUGCCCCUCUCUCUUUACGCCUCCUCCACAACUCAACGGCAGAUUUCGAAACAUUUGAAAACGUAGAGAUGUAUAUUUUGCACCAGUUGACAAUCCUAACUUUGCCCUAUUUCAUAAACUUCUCUUCGAAAAUCAGAAAAAAAAUUCAGAUCCACAUAUUUCAGAAAAAGACACACACACACACACACACACACACACACACACACACACACACACACACACACACACACACACACACACACACACACACACACACACACACACACAGGCUCUUUUAGAUACCUAUUUGCUAUUGCCUUCGGUGAAAUGUAUUGUAAGGUGAGGAAUACACAAACUUUUUAUACAUAAUUUAUAGGUCUAUAUCAGUGAUGGGCAACUUUGAUGGGGGUGGGAGCCACAAAAUCUGAACUCAUCAUGAGGGGCUGCAGUGGCUUACGGGUCUGCGUACCCACAUCCAUACCUACACAUGCAGUCAGAGCUAGCCCUAGCCUUUUGGGGACCUAAGUGACAAGUUUGCUGCAAUUCUACACAUUCGGCCAUGGGGUGGAGAGCAAAUGUAGCAAUUGCAUAACACAUUUCAUGCAAUUCUACUCAUUUUGCCAUAGGGUGGAAAGAAAUGUUUGCAGUUUUGAAUAUAAUAUCUGUGUGAGAGUAACUAAGAAAAUCUAUAGAAAAUCAGUAAUUCAAACAUCAUUACCGCAAGUUUCGAUAUCUGGCUGGACUAACUUACCAAUCUAAAACAAUUUAGCUGACAAAGGGCUAAUUGAGUGACUGUCAGUGACUGACCUAACAAAAGCAAAACCCUAACUCAGUCCCCCCCAAUUAUUGUUUUCUUUUCUUUGAUAUAAACAGUGCCAGUCAAAAGUUUGGACACACCUACUCAUUCAUGGGUUUUUCUUCUUUAAAAAAAAACUAUUUUCUACAUUGUAGAAUAAUAGUGAAGACAUCAAAACGUAAACCAAUAACACAUACGGAAUAUUGUAGUAACCAAAAAAGUGUUAAACAAAUUUUGACAGCUCUGCAUACUCUUGGAAUUCUCUCAACCAGCUUCACCUGGAAUUAUCUUCCAACAGUCUUUAAGGAGUUCCCACAUAUGCUGAGAACUUGUUGGCUGCUUUUCCUUCACUAUGCGGUCCAACUCAUCCCAAACCAUCUCAAUUGGGUUGAGGUUGGGUGAUUGUGGAGGCCAGGUUAUCACAUGCAGCACUCCAUCACUCUCCUUCUUAGUCAAAUAGUCAAUUGUCCUGUUGAAAAACAAAUGAUAGUCCCACUAAGCGCAAAACAGAUGGAAUGGUGUAUCGCUGCAGAAUGCUGUGGUAGCUAUGCUGGUUAAGUGUGCCUUGAAUUCUAAAUAAAUCAUUGACAGUGUCACCAGCAAAGCACCCCCACACCAUUACACCUCCUCCUCCAUGCUUCAUGGUGGGAACAACACAUGUGGAGAUCAUCCGUUUACCUACUCUGUGUCUCACAAAGACACGCCGGUUGGAACCAAAAAUCUCAAAUUUGGACUUUGGACUCAGACCAAAGCACAGAUUUCCAAAGGUAUAAUGUACAUUGCUUGUUUCUUAGCCCAAGCAAGUCUCUUCUUCUUAUUGGUGAACUUUAGUAGUGGUUUCUUUGCAGCAAUUCGACCAUGAAGUCCUGAUUCACACAGUCUCCGCUGAACAGUUGAUGUUGAGAUGUGUCUGUUACUUGAACUCUGUGAAGCAUUUAUUUGGGCUGCAAUUUCUGAGGCUGGUAACUCUAGGUAACUUUGGGUCUUCCUUUCCUGUGGCGGUCCUCAUGAGAGCCAGUUUCAUCAUAGCGCCUAAUGGUUUUUGUGACUGCACUUGAAGAAACUUUCAAAGUUCUUGAAAUGUUCCGGAUUGACUGCCCUUCAUAUCUUAAAGUAAUGGCGGACUGUCGUUUCUCUUUGCUUAUUUGAGCUGUUCUUGCCAUCAUAUGGACUUGAUCUUUUACCAUAUAGGGCUGUCUUCUGUAUACCAUCCCUACCUUGUCACAACACAACUGAUUGGCUCAAACACAUUAAGAAGGAAAGAAAUUCCACAAAUUAACUUUUAACAAGGCACACCUGUUAAUUGAAAUGCAUUCCAGGUGACUACCUCCUGAAGCUGGUUGAGAGAAUUCUGAGAGUGUGCAAAGCUGUCAUCAAGGCGAAGUGUGGCUACUUUGAAGAAUCUCACAUUUAAUUUGAUUUGAUUAACACUGUUCUGGUUACUACAUGAUUCCGUAUGUGUUAUUUCAUAGUUCUGAAGUCUUCACUAUUACUCUACAAUGUAGAAAAUAGUUUAAAAAAAAGAAACGCUUGAAUGAGUAGGUGUGUCUAAACAUUGACUGGUGUGUGUGUGUAUGUAUAUAUAUAUCUAUAUACAUAUAUACAUAUAUAUAUCAUUAUUUAUAUAGAUUUUUUGUAUUGAUCCGCGGGCCCUGUAAAAGGGGGCGGCCCGCAGAUUGCCCAUCCCUGGCCUAUAUAAUAUAUUGAUUAUGAUAAUGACAAUAAUAACAUAAAUUAUAGUAUAAUUUAACAAUAAUUAUUAUGUCAAUGAUUAGGUAUAUGUAAACAUUUUAAACACUACAGAAUCUCUGUCUUCCAAAUAGUGUGAGAAACUUUUUGAAGCUACUUGUUUUGUUUCGUUCUCUUUAUUUUUUAUUUCCGGUAAAUGCUUUCUAUACUGCUCUACUAGUCCGACCAUUACCUACUCGAUUAUUCCUGUGAAACUAACGCACAACAACACACAUUCUUCAGGGUUGUUGCCAUUCAAGAACCUUCUGAUGGAAAUGAUUGAGCGGUAGUGUAGAAAGAAUUAUGUUCUAUAAUUUAAAGAGUAUUUUAGGACUAGUAAUAUAAACAUAUGAUUAUGAUGAAUAUAUACAGUAUGAGCAAAUGUAUGCAGAAAUAAGAUGUAUUUAUGAAGUUUUGUUUAAAAUGAAAUACAGAAAUAUACUGAUAAAAUACGAUAAGAGUUAUAACUAAGGUGUUGAAAUAAAUGCUGAAUAAACUAUUGAA